UACUUAUAUAUAAAUAAAUUAAAAUGAACGUCUGUGCUAUCCGUCACAUUCCACAUUCUAAUAAGCAUGAGAACAGAUAAAAUGCAGCUGAUUAAAAUAGAGCCAAGAGUUCUCAAGGAACAAGGUUGCAUUCAGCUACUCAUUACAGAUGUUCAACUCAACAAAGCAACAAUCCAACUCCAAAUUAAGGCAGAAUGCAAUUAUACGAAGUAUAAUUAGAUAUCUUUUGAUUCUUAGAUAUAACCUUAUGUUGGCCAACUGAUCAAGGUACUAAUUAUUGAAACUUAAAUUAGAACUAGUAAUAAUCCUUUGUCUCUGCAUAAUUCAGAAAAAGUCCGUCGUUUCGAGUUAAAAACUAUCAUCCACAGGAUAUAGUCAAUAGCGUAGCCUAACAAUCAAGCUAAAAUUUAUUGUAAUCUAAGUAACGACAAAAUAAAACAAUAGUAUUGAAAAAAUAGAAAGAGUCAAUCGCAUUAAUUUUUUAGGGGAUUUGCUUCAACAAAUGGGUGAAAACAAUCAACAAACAAAAUAAUCUAUCCUUACUGAUUUAGUGACAGUUCCAAAAAAUAAAAAUGACACAUUCAAUAUCAAAAGCUAAAAGGAGCAGAAUAUUGAAGAAUUGCAUUUCUAUUUAGUUGAAUCUCAAUAAAGAAUCAAGUAACAUACCUACGUCUUAGAAUAAUAAAAAUAUCUUAGUUGA